AUGGGAGGCGCGCAAGGUAUUGGGCGGGCGGCAGCAACACUUCUCGCGUCUAAAGGAGGUAAAAUCGUACUUGCGGAUGUAGACGAGACGAAAGCCAAUGAGGUCAUCAAGGAACUGCGACUUGCAGGACACGAGGCAACAUGUGUUGUGGGAGACGCUCUGGACGAAGCAUUCCCGGCAAAAGCAGUAGAGGCAGCGUUGAAGGCAUUCGGGAAGGUCAACUGUCUAAUCAACAAUGCUGGGUUCUGUUAUGACAGCGCCAUUCACAAGAUGAGCGACGAAAAAUGGGACAUGAUCAUGAAAAUCCACAACUAUGUUCCUUUUCGGAUGAUCCGCGCCUUGUCCGCGCACUGGAUGGAUCCUCAAACUGCUGAUAUGCUCAAGACUGUCAUCAAUGUAUCUUCGACAUCAGGACUGCACGGCCAAAUGGGUCAGAUUAACUAUUCGACGGCGAAGUCCGGGAUUUUGGGACUUACCAAGACUGUCGCCGCGGAGUGGGCUAGAUACAAUGAGAAGGUUAUGCUUGCUGGGCAGAAUAUCGUCACGGGCAUCCCUGCGAACGCGCGCAAGUUCAGGGACACGUCGGAUAUUCCUCUUGGGCGGCCGGGUACUGUUGAUGAUGCGGCCAAUGUUAUGCUGUUUUUGGCUAGUCCCAUGUCAUCCUAUGUCACGGCGACUUGUAUUGAAUGUACAGGAGGUAGAUAUAUGUAA